AUGGAGUGUUUUCACUCUUCGUGUCCAAAUCUGAGCGCAGGAGCUGCGAAUCAGUAUUUGUCGCUGCUCUUCAACUAUCUCAGCAUCGCUCAAUGUUCGCUCGCGACCCCGGAAAUUUGGCCCAGAGAUUUCGGAGACUUCGCCAUUAGAAAAGGGUUCGAGGAGUACGAUUUCAUCGUCGUGGGCGCAGGAUCUGCAGGAUCGGUCGUUGCCAAUCGUCUGAGCGAGAAUCCGGAAUGGAACGUUCUUCUCCUUGAAGCUGGCGGCGAUCCUCCGAUUGAAUCAGCGAUACCGGCAUUUUGGACAACAACGAUAAACACAAAGUAUGACUGGCAAUUCCAAGCUGAACAAUCAGACUUAUAUGGUCUCUAUAUCGUUAACGGCGGAGCUUGGGCGAGAGGAAAAAUGCUUGGUGGUUCAAGUUCAAUGAAUAACAUGGCGUACAUAAGAGGAAAUGAAGAGAACUUCAACGCAUGGGAAGCGCUCGGGAAUCCAACUUGGGAAUGGAAAAACGUCUUGGAGUACUUCAAGAAAUCAGAAAACAAUCAUGACUUUAGUGGAUACUAUCACUCACAAGAUGGGCCUUUAUCUGUGGAGCUUUUCAACAAUGAGAACCCAGUUCUUACAGAAAUUAAGAAAGCAGCACAAGAAAUGGGCUUCAAAAUCAUUCCGGAUAUCAAUGCAGAUGAGUACGUUGGAUUCACAGAUUGCCAAGGAACUGUGCGAUCGGGAGUGAGAGACAGCACGGCAACGGCGUUUCUGAAUCCAAUCAAAGACAGACCGAAUCUUCACGUCGUGAAACACGCGCACGUUUACAAUCUGGAGAUCGACGAAAACGGCGAGGUUUCCGGAGUUACAAUGAACUUGAGAGGACAGAAGAUCCUGAAAGCCUUCGCGAAGAAGGAAGUGAUUCUAAGUGCUGGAAGUAUAGGUUCGCCUCAAAUCCUAAUGUUGUCCGGAAUCGGACCUGCGCUUCAUCUGGAAAACUUGGGAAUUCCAGUGAUUCUCGACCUUCCAGUCGGCAAGAACCUGCAAGAUCACACAAUGGUUAUGCUUGCUUUCAAGAUUCAUAAGUCUACAGCUGUUCCUAUUCCUGAAUCUUUAGCGUUCCAGAGCUUCUUCCAAUAUUUGAUGGAACAUACUGGAGCUUUAGCACAAGGUUCUGGACAUACAAUGGGAUUUGCCAAUGUUCAAGAUCCACUCGGAAAGUAUCCUGAUGUGCAAUAUCUGCAUAUACCAUUCGCAAAAGGUCAAGUGAACGAUUUGAUUGCAUUCUGCAACGUAUUUAGUUUCAACGACGUUGUGAUUCAAACUUUAGUACCACAAAUUGAGUCAGCUGACAUUCUCAUUGUUUUCAUACCUUAUUUAAAACCAAAAUCAAGAGGAGAAAUUCUAUUACGAAGCGCCGAACCUAACGAAAAGCCAAGAAUUAUUCCUAACUACUUUGCAGAAAAUUCCGACAUUGAAACCACCGUGAAAGGCAUUCGACUUUAUCUAAAAUUCCUUCAAACUCAAUCGUAUACCAGAAAUGAAGUUGAACUUAUCGCUAUUCCGAUUCCCGAAUGCGACGCUAUGGGCAUCAAUUCUGACGAAUAUUGGGCUUGUUACUCAAGAUAUUUAGUGAUAACAUCUGCUCAUCCAGUUGGAACUGUGAAAAUGGGUCCUGAUUCGGAUCCUGGCGCAGUUGUCGAUCACAGAUUGCGAGUCAAAGGCGCGAAAGGCUUGAGAGUCAUCGACGCGAGCAUUAUGCCUUUGGUCACGAGCGGAAACACAAACGCGCCCACAAUUAUGAUCGCGGAGAAAGCUUCAGACUUCGUGAAGGAAGAUUGGGGAUUUAAGGAUUGA